UGCUGCAAUACACACAUCAGGUGCUAGGAAUAAAUUUACAUUUGAGCUAGCCACCCAUAUUUGAGCCCAUCUUUGUGCGGUUUGUGGUCCACAUUCAUUAUUCAACAACCCAGCCAUGCCUCUUCCAGACACAAUCUACUGUGCCCAGCAAAUCAACAUCCCUCCCCUGCUGCCAGACAUCCUCAAAAACUUCACCAAGGCAGCCAUCCGUACACAGCCCAAGGAUUUGCUGCUGUGGUCUGCGGCAUACUUCAGUGCGCUGUCUAAAGGGGAGUGUCUGCCUGUCAAGGACAGACUGGAGAUGAAUGUUGCCACCCAGAAGACAGACACUGGGCUGACUCCAGGUCUGCUGAAGACUCUUCAUAAACAGCUGUCCGCCGGGCAAACGUGCAGCAAAGAGGAACUGCAGAAGAAAUGGAAGGGUCUGUGUCUACCCAUGGACCAGCUUGAGACCCUGCUGUUGCUGGGCAGCUUUGGCUCAGACAUUGACUGGAUGGAGUUCUUUUCCCUGGGCUGCAGUGCUCUGGGAGGGACCCUCAUGAGUUCUCUGAAGUUUGCCUGUGAGAUCCUGACAGAGGAUGAGGAGGGCGGUGCUGCGAGGAUCCCGUUCAACACCUUUGUCAAACUCUACAGCUACUUGGCUCACCUGGACGGGGACAUGCCACAGGACCACAUUGACAACUUCCUCAGCAGCCUGCAGGCACAAGUCAACAAGCAGAACGGCAUGAUUCAGGUUUCCAGCUUCUACAUCAGCAGGAAGUGAAGGAAGGCAAGACAGAAAGCAAAGGAAGACAGGAAGGAAGGAAUAGAAGUAACAAAAGGACAGUGUUCAAUUAAUAAAUGGUCCUGCUAAUGCUCCUUCAAGCACAGCUGUUGUUUCAUUACCUAGAAAUUGGUUCCAUUAAUUGUUAGCAUCAGGCACAGUGGGUUAUUAUUCAUCAUUGUCCAGCUGAAUGAGGCUGCUAUUUUGAGUCAGGUUGGAAUCUUUUAAUGAGCAGCGAGAGAGACACAAAGUCAGCUUACACAAACUGUCAGGUUGAGUGUGUGUAUGCUUUUUAUUGCCUGUUCCCUUAUGUCUGGGUUAGUCAAAGUUCAUUUAUCAUACACACAACCACACAUCAGCAUACGGCCUCUCUGUUGGUGUAUUCAUUUCGCCCAGCGGAUGAAAAAGAGGAGAGGUAAGGAGAUAAGCUCCGAGGGCACAAGAGCAUGAUUUUCAGCCUGUGUUAAAGACCUAAACCCCCCUGUGUUUUGUUCACUCCUCCAUGCAAUACUGUAAAUGGGCAAGUACAAAUUCAAACUCAGACAGGUUUAGUACACUCAUCAGAAAGCACACGAAAUAACAUGCAGGGCCAAGAAAUCUAAGUGACACACACAUUCGCACACAUGCACACACAUGCACACAUACACGCGCACACACACAUGCACACACGCAUAAAUCUCACAACCAGUCUCCUCAGCAUAUAAUUUUAGAUUUACACAUUUUUAAAAGACGCUCGCUCAUGUGUCAGUAUGGGAGCAUAAUCUGUGGUCACAGAUGCACAAUAUGACACUCUUUUCUUAUGAGCAUGUUUUUCCGCCUAACGCACGCACACACACACACACACACACACACACACAGAGGCUUGUAGUUUUGUCAUUUUGUGAGCAUUUCAUCAGGCAGGACAGGGAACAGGAUCAGUGGGAAUUCACAGUUCAGGCACAGUUGGCAGUACGUUUUAGGGGUAGAGGAUGCACACACAUAAACUGAAGCUUACCCCUUGCAGGAUUGCAGCUGCGGCAGAGUCAAAGGGGAUUGAAGUACCGAUAGAAUGCCUGAUAACCUGAUAACUGAAGGCCCUCCUCUUAGUCAGGCUUAGGCUUUAAAACAGAGAUCUUUCUAUGAACCACACAGUAGAACCUAAAUAUUAUGUUGAAAAUACUUAAGCAUUGGUUUUAAUCUGCUCAGAAUACUUCAAUGAUAGGGAAAUACAGAUUGUGUGUGUAUAUAUUGUGAUGUAAAUAGAAACUUAAAAUGUUAUCCUACACAUGAUUUUCCAAGAAGGAAACACGAUUAGCUUAAUAGAAAUAGAGACAAGUUUAGAUUUGGGCUAUUGCAGUCCUCCAACUGCAGGAACCUUCCCAAGAAUCCCAAAACUUGUUUUAGGAAAACAUAAACUUCCAGUUUUGGUUUUGUUAAUCUUUAGUGGUGUUUCAAAUUACAUUUUUGUUGUUGACUAAGAUAUAGACCAUGGGCAAGAGAAGCAAAAUUAAAAGUUUUCAGUGUGGUUAUUUAUUAUAUUUAAAAAACUGUAGAUCCUCACUGCUUUAGAGACCUGCCUUCAUGGUUUUUUCAAUAUCCCUUCCAACCUCUGCACGUCUUCCUUCAAGUAUAUAUUUAAAAAUCCCACUCUCACACUAGCAAACUACAAAGAGCAACACUCAAUUGUCUCAGACCAAACAACUUUUCUACUGUCGUUUAAGAUAUCUGUCUAAAACUGAAGCCGCUAAAACUGGCACCUGUGCGUGUCCGGAGACACUGCUUGUAUUGUUCUAUCAAGAAAUGAUCGUCUUGUCCUGUCCCGGUUUACAAUUCUUGUUAAGUAAAUUGUAUUAAGUAAUUGUAAAUUGUCUUUAUAUUCAUGUAUAAUUUACAUAGACAAUCCGCUCUGGACCUUGUUACCAUGUAUUGAUUGUUACGCCUGCUAUUAAAGACAAGGAGAUAAGGCUGAAACACAGA